GCACAGGCGGCCGCGAUGCGGGUCAACGAGAAGUACUCGACGCUCCCGGCCGAGGACCGCAGCGUCCACAUCAUCAACAUCUGCGCCAUCGAGGACAUCGGCUACCUGCCGUCCGAGGGCACGCUGCUGAACUCGCUGUCCGUGGACCCCGACGCCGAGUGCAAGCACGGCCUCUACUUCCGGGACGGCCGGCGGAAGGUGGACUACAUCCUGGUGUACCACCCCAAGAGGCCGUCGGGCAGCAGGGCCCUGGCCAGGCGGGCGCAGCACGGCGACGCCGUCCCCGCAGCCCGCGGCGCCCGGCAGCACCAGCCGCUGCCCGGCAAGGGGGCCGUGGGGGCGGCGGGGGGGCCCGAGCCCCCCGUGGACUAUCAUGAGGACGACAAGCGCUUCCGCAGGGAGGAGUACGAGGGGAACCUUCUGGAAGCCGGCCUGGAGCUGGAGCGGGACGAGGAGACUAAAAUCCACGGGGUUGGAUUCGUAAAAAUCCACGCGCCCUGGAACGUGCUGUGCAGAGAGGCCGAGUUUCUGAAACUGAAGAUGCCGACAAAGAAGCUGUAUCACAUUAACGAGACCCGGGGCCUCCUGAGAAAGAUCAACUCCGUGCUCCAGAAGAUCACGGACCCCAUCCAGCCCAAGGUGGCAGAGCACAGACCCCAGACCACAAAGAGACUCUCUUACCCCUUCUCCCGGGAGAAGCAGCACCUAUUUGACCUGUCUGACAAGGAUUCCUUUUUCGACAGCAAAACUCGAAGCUCCAUUGUCUAUGAGAUCCUGAAAAGAACAACGUGUACCAAGGCCAAGUACAGCAUGGGGCAAGGAGAGGGAAGAAAGAAGGACUCUGCCCUUUUAAAUAAAAGGAGAAAAUGUAGUAAGUACGGUAUCACCAGCCUGCUGGCCAAUGGCGUUUACUCGGCCGCCUACCCCCUGCACGAUGGAGACUACGAGGGCGAAAACGUGGAGUUCAACGACAGAAAACUCCUGUAUCAAGAAUGGGCCAGUUACGGGGUCUUCUAUAAGUACCAGCCCAUCGACCUGGUCAGGAAGUACUUCGGGGAGAAGAUCGGCCUGUACUUCGCCUGGCUGGGCGUGUACACCCAGAUGCUCAUCCCCGCGUCCGUGGUCGGGAUCAUAGUCUUCCUGUACGGAUGUGCCACGGUCGACCAGAACAUCCCCAGCAUGGAGAUGUGUGACCAGAGACACAACAUCACCAUGUGUCCUCUGUGUGACAAGACCUGCAGCUACUGGAAGAUGAGCUCGGCGUGCGCCACGGCCCGGGCCAGCCACCUCUUCGACAACCCCGCCACCGUGUUCUUCUCGGUCUUCAUGGCCCUCUGGGCCGCCACCUUCAUGGAGCACUGGAAACGGAAACAGAUGCGGCUCAACUACCGCUGGGACCUCACGGGCUUCGAGGAGGAGGAGGAGGCGGUCAAGGAUCAUCCCAGAGCCGAAUACGAAGCCAGAGUUUUGGAGAAGUCGCUGAGGAAAGAAUCCAAAAACAAAGAGAAGUGCCGGCAUAUUCCAGAGGAGUCACCAAACAAAUGGAAGCAGAGGGUUAAGACAGCCAUGGCGGGGGUGAAAUUGACAGACAAGGUGAAGCUGACCUGGAGAGAUCGAUUCACGGCCUACGUCACCAACUUGGUCUCCAUUGUCUUCAUGAUCGCGGUGACCUUCGCCAUCGUCCUGGGAGUCAUCAUCUACAGGAUCUCCACAGCUGCAGCCUUGGCCAUGAACUCCUCCCCGUCCGUGCGGUCCAACAUCCGGGUCACGGUCACGGCCACCGCGGUCAUCAUCAACCUGGUGGUCAUCAUCCUCCUGGACGAGGUGUACGGCUGCAUCGCCAGGUGGCUCACCAAGAUUGAGGUCCCAAAGACAGAGAAGAGCUUCGAGGAGAGGCUCAUCUUCAAGGCUUUCCUGCUAAAGUUCGUGAAUUCCUACACCCCCAUCUUUUACGUGGCUUUCUUCAAAGGCAGGUUUGUCGGCCGACCGGGCGACUACGUGUACAUUUUCCGUUCUUUCCGGAUGGAGGAGUGUGCCCCGGGCGGCUGCCUCAUGGAGCUCUGUAUCCAGCUCAGCAUCAUCAUGCUUGGCAAGCAGCUCAUUCAGAACAACCUGUUUGAGAUUGGCAUCCCGAAGAUGAAGAAGUUCAUCCGCUACCUGCGGCUGAGGCGCCAGAGCCCCUCGGACCACGACGAGUAUGGGAAGAGGAGGCAGCGCUACGAAGUGGACUACACGCUGGAGCCCUUCGCAGGCCUCACCCCGGAGUACAUGGAGAUGAUAAUCCAGUUCGGCUUUGUCACCUUGUUUGUCGCGUCCUUCCCUCUGGCCCCGCUGUUCGCGCUGCUGAACAACAUCAUCGAGAUCCGCCUGGACGCCAAGAAGUUCAUCACCGAGCUGCGCAGGCCAGUGGCGGUCAGGGCCAAAGACAUCGGGAUCUGGUACAACAUUCUCCGAGGUGUCGGGAAGCUGGCCGUCAUCAUCAAUGCGUUCGUGAUCUCCUUCACGUCCGACUUCAUCCCUCGCCUGGUGUACCUGUACAUGUACAGCCAGGACGGGACGAUGCACGGCUUCGUGAACCACACCCUGUCCUCCUUCAACGUCAGUGAUUUCCAGAACGGCACGGCGCCCAGCGACCCCCUGGACCUGGGCUACGAGGUGCAGAUCUGCAGGUACAAGGACUACCGGGAGCCCCCGUGGUCGGAGCACAAGUACGACAUCUCCAAGGACUUCUGGGCCGUGCUGGCAGCCCGGCUGGCCUUCGUCAUCGUCUUCCAGAACCUGGUCAUGUUCAUGAGCGACUUUGUGGACUGGGUUAUCCCGGACAUCCCGAAGGACACCAGCCAGCAGGUGCACAAGGAGAAGGUCCUCAUGGUGGAGCUGUUCAUGAGGGAGGAGCAAGGCAAGCAGCAGCUGCUGGACACGUGGAUGGAGAAGGACCGGAAGAAGCAGGAGCCCCCCACCAGCCACGGCCCCAGAGCCGGCCCGGGCAGCCCCGAGUUCCCCGCGGGCGCCCCGUAGCGCCCGGAGGCCGACGCGCGAGCCCCCCGCCGGGCCCCGUGGCUCCUGGAAGACCACCAUCUUCCUGUCUUUCUUCUGUUGUUGUUUUUUCUCCUCAUUUUUGCACAAAACCAUAACGCAGGGAAUGUUUUUAUCUGUAGUAUUCAAGGAUGAUCAAAGCAGUCGCUGGGGACAGGGCGGUAGCACGCGGGAGUGCGGGCGCUUCGCAGAAACACUUCUCGGGGACCGAGACCUGCUUGGCGGCGGAACGCGAGCAGAGGCCUCCAGAGAGCGUCUUUCCCAAGCCGCCUGAUGCCUUUAGAGAGAGAUGCAAAAAGACGUCCCAGAGCGUCGGGCAGGCGCCGUGCAGUACUGGAGGCAGAGUGGAAAACUGAGGCUGACGCCAUUCCCAGAAGGCGUCCCUGCCUCUGGGUCGGAAAAGUCAGACGGCUUUUCGUCUUCUGUUUUCGGUCCAGACACCAAGUCGCUCUGGCCAGAACGAGGUGCCUGCGAGCUUAGCACCUAACAGGGCUCCGGUGCCCCGGUUAGCAGGUGACCCACACCUCCAGGGGCACCCCCCCAUCAGCCGCACACCUGCUCCGGCCCUGUGAGCGGCCUCAAAAUGGUCUGUCCUCUGGGUGGGACAGAAAACAAAGGAAAGAAAACCGGGUUGGCAAGAACAGAGCAGAGAGAGACGACCUUGAGGGCCUUCCUAAAGGCAGCUUCGGGUUUCAAGGAGUCUUAAGGCAUCAGAAAAACAUUUGCAGAUUUAGGAUAUUUAUUAGGUUUUUAAUAAAUCAAUUCUCUGGUGGACGUGAGGGUUUUUUCCUGUAGCUCAGAGGUGGAAGGAGUUUGUUUCAUUAGUUAACCAAAUACCAUUGAGAAGAAUUUCAAAUACUGUUACUACCAAAGAUUUUUAUUAAU